UCAGGCGUGCUGGGCAUCAAAGUGAAGAUCAUGCUGCCCUGGGACCCGAGCGGGAAGAUCGGGCCCAAGAAGCCCUUGCCGGACCACGUCAGCAUCGUGGAGCCCAAGGACGAGAUCCUGCCCACCACCCCCAUCUCGGAGCAGAAGGGCACCAAGCCGGAGCAGCAGCCCCCCAUGCCUCAGCCGGUCCCCACCGCCUAAGGGGG